GAGUGAAAGGGGCUAAGAAAGUGACGAGGGCUUGAUGUAGGGGGCUUUCAAGCGGGAUCGAGAAUUGUUUUUAUUGUUUUCAAGAGUGGCACACCAAAGAUUUUACAGAAUAUACAGCCAAAAUGCUCUGCCACGUUACUCGUCCGGAUUCAGUGGUGAUGGAAGUGGAAGUUGAUGCGAAGGCGAACGGUGAAGACUGUCUGAAUAAGGUUUGCCGAAAGUUGGGCAUAAUUGAGGUGGACUACUUUGGGCUGCAGUUCACUGGCAGCAAAGGAGAGAACCUGUGGCUGAAUCUGAGGAAUCGCAUCUGCCAGCAGAUGGAUAACGUGACGCCCUGUCGACUGAGGCUGCGGGUCAAGUUCUUUGUUGAGCCCCAUCUCAUUCUGCAGGAACAGACAAGACACGUUUUCUUCACGCACGUGAAGGAGGACCUCCAUAACGGUCACCUACGUAUGGGCUCAGAACAAGCAGAGGAGCUGAGCGCACUCCUGGCACAGGCCGAGUUUGGCGACUACAACCAAAACACAGCCCAGUACUGGUACUCAGAGCUGUGUGGAGAGGAGCCCAGCACUGCUACUAUCAACAGUACCAUAGCCAGACAUAAAGCUCUAGAAGGUUUGAGCCAAGGCUCAGUGGAGUAUCAGGCCCUGCAGCUGGUCUCCUCUCUGGAGCAUUACGGUGUGGAGUGGCACUGGGCUCGCGAUGCAAAUGGUCAACGCUUAGCCAUAGGAGUCGGUCCCGAGGGCAUUGCCGUUUGCAAGGAGGACUUCAGCUUAGUCAACAGAAUAAGUUAUCCCAUCAUUCAAAUUGCCACCCAGUCGGGGAAAAGUGUGUACUUGACAGUUACCAAGGACACAAACGACAGUGUGGUGCUCCUGUUCAAGCUGAUCAGCAACCGGGCAGCCAGUGGUCUGUACCGGGCCAUCACAGAGACACAUGCCUUCUACAGGUGUGACACAGUUACAAAUGCAGUGAUGAUGCAGUACAGUAGAGACUUUAAGGGCCACCUGGCUUCACUCUUCCUCAAUGAAAACAUCAACCUGGGCAAGAAAUAUGUUUUUGACAUCCGGCGUACUUCCAAGGAAGUGUAUGACCACGCUCGCCGCGCUCUCUACAACUCUGGUGUCGUGGACCUGGUACCCCGCUCUGGCAGCGGAGAACGCUCCUCUCCUUCACGCUCCCCAAGCAGGGACAACCAGCAGGACGAGGGGCUGGACUGCAGCAGCUGCCAGCAGAGCCGAGCCCUGCAAGAGAGGCUGCAGAAGCUCAGAGAGGCUCUUUUGUGCAUGCUGUGCUGCGAGGAGGAGAUAGAUGCAGCGUUCUGCCCCUGCGGCCAUAUGGUGUGCUGCCAGACCUGCGCAAAUCAGCUUCAGUUGUGCCCUGUGUGCCGGUCAGAGGUGGAGCACGUUCAGCACGUCUAUCUGCCCACCUGCACCAGCCUACUGAACCUGACGCUGACCGACAACCACCAACACCACACUAGCAUCCCAGCACCCAUCCACAGAGACAUGGCCUCUCCUCACACCUGCUCCACCACCGAGUACGAACACAAGCUCUACCACACAUAAAGACAACUCCACCAAACCCACCAACCUCCAUUAUGGACACUUUGAAGCUAUUCCAGCCAGAUUAUGGUUUCAUAAAGAAGGAACAUUUUUUUGUCCCUCUGUGUUUCCUGCCUGGAAAUACCAAACAUAUUGAAACUCUGAGCAUAAUCAAAGAUCAACACAUUCAAACCACUCCCUCAAAUAGUCUGUGCGUGUGUAUGUGUGUGUGUGUAUGUUUGUUUGUGUGUUUUAUUGUUAUUUCCUUUUGUCACUUUGGACUGUCAGUUUGUCUGAUUGGCUCUUAAUAUUAUUGCGGUUCGUUGUGUAUUACUCUGUCCAAAUCUUGUUUGUUUUAAACAUCAUUAUCCCCUGCCACAAUAUGAUUUUUAGAAUAGGCUCUUAUUGUCCUUGUUAAUUAAAUUAUUACAUCAGUUGACCUGAUACAGAAUAGAAACAUUCUUUUCUUUGUGAAUUAUGCUUUUGAAUUUGUUGUUUUGGCUGUUUUUUUGUUUGUUUGUUUUUUCUUUUUUGGGGGUCCAAAUCAGGCUCCUAGCUCCAGAACCAUUCAAUGAAGUUUUGUGUUUUAUAACAGCUAAACACUGUCUGUAAUGGUUGUCUUUUUUUUUCUUUUUUUUCUUUUUAAGCUUCCUUACAUUUUAGAAUUUAUGUUUGAUUUGAGAACUGAAUUUUAUGGUGUAACAGAGUGAUUUUUUUUUUUAUUCCAUGUUUUCCAUGCCAAUGAGGAUGUAUUUAGAGGCUAAGCAGCUCUGCUCUGGGUACAGCAUUGCAUAUUAAUUAGGCACAGUAGGCGAUAAGACCACCAUGGUCUUGUUCUUCUAAUCUCGGGGUCAAAUUGGGGUCUUGAAGGUUCUUUUAGCCCACUGGAACUGUAUCUUGCUGACACUCCCUCAUCCUCUCUAACCUCGAAACGGGUCUUGAUGAUUAACUGCCACUUUGUCCAAAACAACAAGCCUUGUUUCACAGAUUGCUGCACCUUUACAUAUGUGUCUCCAUGCCAACAGAGAGGUAGAAAUGAAUCUUAGUAGUCACAGAACCAUGAUUAUUUAUGAAAAAUAGCAAUUUGUCCAGAAGCAGCUGCUUCCUCUGAAAACCUCAGCUAUAAAUUUCUUCUCUGGGUGUACUGUUGAGUCCCUUUUGAUAUUUUUAAAGGGUACUAGGAGAUCUGCCUGUGCAAUACUUGCUUGCUUUUUCAAAAGCUUCUCAUUUUCAAGUUUUAUUUAAUUUCAAAGACUAUAUUUAAAAAGAAAAAAACAAAAACAUUGUCACUUUACCAAGGAAGUUUUCCAUGUGUCUGUAGGGGGUUGUUUGGCCUUAAUGUAGCAGCAACACUGUGUUUAUUAUAAAAUUUCCACAGACAUUUUUCUCUGGCAAGAAAAGGAAAACUUUAUUUCUUUUAAUGCUGACAUGAUUACGCUCAGUCACUUCAGGGGAAGGCCUUUUUUUAAUUUUUCAUUGUACAAGUAGCGAAUUGUUUCUGUUUUCUGAAGCAAAAGCCACUAUGCUCUGUAAAAUAACUCUUAGAGUUAAAUCCUUUAUAUAUAUAUAUAUAUUCUGCUUUUAACAAAAGAGAAAGUAUUAAUAAAGUUGUUUUUUUAAAAAUAAA